AUGGAAACCAUCCCAGCUUAUCAUGAGAAUAGUUUGAUAAAUGGGAUAAUGAUUUUUUAUAGACUAUUUUGGGCUUUCGUUCCGUGUAUAUCUGCGUUUAAAUUCUGCAAACCAAUGGUACAAGUUGAUGGGACUUGGCUGUACGACAAGUACAAAGGAACUCUAUUGGUAGCAGUUGCACAAGAUGGGAACGACAACGUAAUUCCUAUUGCUUAUGCUAUUGUGGAAGGUGAGACAAAAGAAGGUUGGAGUUUCUUUUUGAGAAAUUUGAGAAAAUUUGUCACUCCACAAGCCAACAUUUGUUUGAUUUCCGAUAGACAUGAAUCUAUUAAGAGUGCUUAUAAUAAUCCGAAUAAUGGGUGGCAAGAUCCUCCGUCAAAGCAUAUGUUCUGCGUCCGACAUAUUGCACAAAAUUUUACAAGGGAAUUUAAAGACAAUGCUUUGAAGAAAAAAGUUAUUUCUAUGGGUUACUCUAUCAACGAGCCUACAUAUCGAUACUACCGUAGAGAAAUCGACAUGCUAAAUCCGGAUUCUUUGAAAUGGUUAGACAACAUACCUCGACAAGAUUGGAUUCAAGCAUUCGAUGGAGGUAGUCGUUGGGGUCAGAUGACAACCAACCUUGUGGAGUCAAUCAACGCAGUAUUAAAAGGCCCGCGCAACCUUCCCAUCACUGCUUUGGUGCAAUCGACUUAUUUUAAAACAGGGACACUAUUUCCAACCACGGGAAAACAACACGCAUCAAUUUUAGCUUCUGGUCAAGUAUACACAAAACCUUGCAUAGAUUUUAUGAAAUUCGAAAUAAGUAAAUCCAAUAGUCAUAGGGUGGAUAGUUUUGAUCGGAGCAACCAUACUUUCAUGGUGCACGAGACAGUGGUUCCAAGAGAAGGGCGACCAAUUGCAGCAUGCUCUAGCAUAAAGUAUAAUUAUUGGAGCCUUAUACCUGAUGUGUAUAAAGUGGAAUCGGUAUUAAAAGUCUAUGAUGAAGUGUUCCAACCCAUACCAAACCAAGGAUAUUGGCCACAAUAUGAAGGUGUUAAGCCUUUUGAUCAUUUGUAUUGCAGUGUUCCACCCUUAUCCUGCCCUUCAUUACUUGAUCCCUUAGGAAAUGGAAUCUUGUCUAUAGCUGAUUUAUUGUAUAUAUUCAUCUUCACUGCAUUAUUACUUCUUAGUCCCAGUUCUGCCAUCAAUUCUGCCAGCCACACAACUUUGCAUGCUCCCAUGGAUGCAACCACAUACUCAACUUCACAAGUAGACAAUGCGACUAUGCUUUGCUUCCUUGAACACCAUGAGAUUGGUGACUAA